AUGGUCAAGAGUGGGCUCGCAGACUUGCUCGAGGCGGACAUCCAGGAUCCGACAGACUUUCCCGCCGACAAUGACUCACCUGGCUUGCGCGGACUUGACGCGGCAUUGAGAUGUAAGAUAUGCAGUGAACUGUAUGAUGCGCCGGUCAUCUUGCCCUGCGGCCAUACCUUUUGCUCGUUGUGUGCGAGACAACAACUUCUGGAGAGGCCGUCAUGUCCGACGUGCUGGAAGGAAACAUCCGAAGGCGCGCUGAAGGUCAAUCCUAUGCUCGAGGAGGCGGUCGAAGCCUGGAAGAGAUCUAGGCCAUAUGUGUUGCAACUCUCCACGAGGGACGUCGAACACCGCUCUCGUCCGUCUCGUCCACCACCUUCAUCUGACACACGGCCGACCAAGAAGAGGAAGACGUCUGAAGAUGCUUCUGAUACUGAAGCCGGCCCAUCCAGACUGGUCAACUCCAGACGAUCUCGGUCCGGUUCUGAACGACUCUCCGUUGUAGACGAGGACGAUGAAGUUGAGCCACGUGGUUCAUCCGUCGUCGAGCUCUCGCCAGAUGAGCUUGUACCAUGUCCUGUCUGUGCCAAGUCCACUCGAAUAGCGGAUAUGGACGCGCAUAUUGGCAAUGGUUGCAAAACAUCCGGCCUUAAGCCUGCCACCAAACAGCAGAACGCAUGGUCGAAGAUUUUCGACGGGGCCGGCGCUGGCGGAAAGGGCAAGACAAAGAAGAGCAGAACCGACAACGAUGACGAUUACCUGCCCAAGGCAUCUUACAACAUGCUCAAGGACAAACAAGUCCGAGAUCUCCUCUCCGAACACGAGUUGCCAACGGCCGGUGACCGCGCCACCCUUGUCGCUCGCCAUCAACGCUGGGUGUCUAUAUACAAUGCCAAUGUCGACAAGAACCCGCAGUAUCGAAGACGUAUCUCGGAGUUGAGGGCGGAGCUAAAGAAGUGGGAGAAGGAACGAGAAGCAGGCUUGAAGAAGGGGAGUUCGAAGGACGCGGCGAUGCAGGUCAAUGUGAAGGAGUACCGGCGAGCGAACAAAGCUGAGUUUGACCAGCUUGUCGCACAGGCGCGGCCGAAGAGUGGCGCGGCUGGGCCGAGUACUGCGAAGGCUGCACCGUUAAGCAGGCAAGGCAGCAGUUCUUCGGAGGCGAUAGCUGUAGAAUAG